AUACAUUACCAGUACUAAAGAAACAACUUGACGAAAUUAAAAAGAUGUUUGAUAUUGAGAUAAAAAUUUGUAAAGAUACAAUAUACUGUUUUGAUAAUGAAUCAUUUAGAUUUCUAGCAGCACAUUUAAUAAACUAUUCAUCUCACAAAAUUAAUGAUACUAUAUCACUAAAUAAUGCUAGAUUGUUGAUUCUUUAUAAACCUCUUACAAAAGUAAAUCUAAAUAUUCAAGAAAACAUUGCCCAGAUUGAAAAGUUAAAAAAAGAAAUACAAAGAUCUGAUAUAACUACUAAAGAACUUAAAAACCAGGAUUUAGCAAAUGCAAUUCAAAAAGCAAAAAGUAUGACCAAGAUUAGUAAUGAUGCAUCAGUUUUGCUCACUUUUCUAAUGCAAAAAAAGUUAGAAGAUCCACGCUGGGUUGUUGACUUCGAGCUGAAUAAUGAUAAUAGCCUAAUUCGCCUUCUUUGGAUGUCUUCAGGUCAGGCUGUAGACAAAGUUCCAAUUGUUAUGUUUACUGAUGAAGAUCCUGCACUUGAUGCCACAAUUCCAAUUGCAUUCUCUGAAACAUAUUCAGCCCACUGUAUCUUCCAUAUAGCACAAAACUUACCUAAAAACCUAAAAGCAAAGUUUGAAAGAUGGAACAAAUUACUUAAUGAUUUUCCAAUGACAAAAGACUAUCUUUUAUGUGUACUGGAUCUGAAAUGUUGUUCAUGGGCUCAAGCUUAUCUCUAUAGAAUAUUCAUAGCAGGCAUUGAAAGCACAUCAAGAUUUCAUGAUUACAGACAAGCUGUUAUGAUGAAUACUAUUCCUAUUGCUGGGCAAGAUUUAUUUCCUGAAAUAAUAAAUGUUAUAGAUGAAUAUCUUACUGAACCUAUUUCUAAUGCAAUUAAAAUGGAGAUGUCUCAGUGUCUAUUUGUUAGUGCAAAUAAAAUAGAGCCCAGUUUUGAAGAGUUACACCAUGAACAGCAUAAUGAAAAUCAUGAUGUGCCUAAAAGACUCAUGGCUAGUGAAGUAUCUGACAAUGCUUGGGAAAUUCAAACAAAUGAAACUAGUGAUCAAACAGAAGAAUCUAAAACUGAAACAGAAACAGAAGAAAGCCAAAACAUGAAUGAAGUAAACCUUGAAAAUAUAAAAAAUCCAAACAAAGUUUCUACUAGAGGAUGA